AAUACUUCACAUGCCAGAGUGUUUUCUCUUAAUCUAUUGCAUGUUGUUCUCACUGCAGGCCCACUAGUAGUCAAUUUGCAACAGUUAAAGUGUGGCAUGGUGGGAAAUUUGUGUGUGAACCGAGGGUAGAUUAUAUAAAUGGGGUUUGUCUUACUCUACCAAACUGGGAUAUGGAUGAGAUUAAUUCAAUUGAUGUAGGCAAGGUUGUCAGAGGCUUAGGAUAUUUGAACUUUAAUGUGUGGUACAAAGACCCUGGCCUUGGGUUUGAGAUAGGCUGCAAGCCUUUCAAAGAUGAUAGAGAUGUAUGUGCCUUUCUGAAUGAUGUGAGUGGCUAUGAUGUUGUCAACUUCUAUGUUGAGCAUAUAGUAGAGGAAGAGCCUGAGUUUGUUGAACCUCCACCAUUUCUUGAAUUUACACAGCCUACUGUUGAGGGGGAGAAAGAUAGUGAAGUCUUGUGUGAAGGGCAGCCUACUGUUGAGGGACAUGCUACUGGCAUAGACAUUGAUGUUGACAUAAUACAAGUGGGACAGUGUAGUGUUGAGAGGGAGAAACAGGGUGAUACAAGUGUUGUUGGUGGGGAGAGUGAUAAGGAGGGUGAAGCAUUUAAUGCAGGACAGGGCAGUGGGGAGGGUAAUAAAGAUGGUGAUGCAGUUAUUGUUGAGGAAGAGGAGGUAGUUGCUGGAGACAAGGAAGGGGAGAAAAAGAAGAGUAAAAAGAAGGAAAAGAAGAAGGGUAAAAAGAAGGACAAGAAUAAGAGUAAAAAGAAGGACAAGAAUAAGGGUAAAAAGAAGGAAAAGAAGAAGGGUAAAAAGAAGGACAAAAAGACAGAGCAGGAGGGGGGUGUUGAGAGUUUAGUGAGUGAGAGUCAAAGUGAAUCUGAAUCUGAGAGUGCAGUGAGUGAUGUGAGUCUAGAUGACAGUGAUUUUGAUGAGAGGUGGGACUGGAGGACAGUUUUAGAGGUUGAAGGAGAUGAGAGGCAUCCAGAUAGUACCUCAGAGGAAGAUGAUGAUGCAUUUGUCAAUGAAGUAGAUUUUGACAAUGAAGAUGGUUCAUCUGAUGAGUUGGAAUCUCCACCAGACACAGAUGAUGAGCAUUACCAACCACAGAAGAAGUACCCAAGAUUCAAGUUGGGUCCAGAAGGCACAGAAGUAAAAUUUGAAGUUGGUCAGAAAUUUGAAGCAUCUCAAGUAUUUAAGACAGCCAUCAGAGAAUAUGCUCUUCAGAGGAGGAAGAAUUUGAUAAUUGAGAAGAGUGAUAGUAAGAGAGUGGUUGUCAAGUGUGAGGGAGAGUGCACAUUCUACUGCAGGUUGUCCAAGUAUAAGCAGAAUAACUUCUGGCAGAUUGUGAGUCUUGUAGAUGAACACACAUGCUAUAGGACAGCAAAGAAUAGACAUGCCAGGCCACAAAUCCUUGCUAAGAAGUUGCUUCCAACUAUAAGACAUAAUCCUGGAUUGAAAUGCAAGUCAGUGAUAGCUGAGGGGCAGAUAAGGUGGGGUGUUGUCCUUAAUAGGUUUCAAGCAUCCAGAGUUAAGGCAGCUGCAAAGAAGAUGAUUGAUGGGGCAGAAAAGGACCAAUACACUAAUCUCAGGAGCUAUGCUGAUGAGCUUCUUAGAAGCAAUCCACAAAGCACAGUCAUCAUCAAGAGCUCUCUUGGAGCAAAUGGUCCUGUUUUUGAAAGGAUGUAUGUUUGUUUUGCUGCUUGCAGGCUGGCAUUUGCACAUCAUUGUAGGCCACUGAUUGGACUGGAUGGCUGUUUUCUGAAAGGUGUGUAUGGAGGGCAGCUCCUUUCAGCUGUUGGAAAGGAUGGGAACAACCAGAUGUUCCCCAUUGCAUUUGCCAUUGUUGAAGCUGAGACCAGAGACUCCUGGGAGUGGUUUGUAGCUUUAUUGCUUGAAGACCUGAACUUGGUAAAGCAACAGAGAUGGGCAUUUAUUUCAGAUCAACAGAAGGGUCUAGUUCCCACUUUACAGUCAUUAGCAGGUGAUGUGGAGCAUAGGGUUUGUGUGAAACAUGUGUAUGGUAAUUGGAGGAAGAAAUACCCAGGAAUGGAAAUGAAAGGUGCUUUGUGGGCUGCUGCAAGAGCAUGCACUGUUCCACAAUUUGAUAGGGCUAUGGAGAAGCUGAAGGAGAUGAAUGAACAAGCAUGGAUGGACCUCUGUCAGAUACCUGCCAAGCAAUGGUCAAGGGCCCAUUUCAGCACUAAUUCUCUGUGUGACCUACAAGUGAACAAUAUGUGUGAGGCUUUCAACAUGGCCAUUCUAGAACAUAGAGACAAGCCAAUCAUUUCACUGGUUGAAGGAUUGAAGCGCUAUAUCACCUCCAGGAUUGUGAAGCAAAGACAAUUAAUGAUGAAAUAUAGAGGGAAUAUAGCUCCUAUGAUUCAACAAAAAUUAGAGGAUAACAAGAGAGAAGCAGAAAGUUGGCAUCCUGAAUGGAAUGGGGACACCGAAUACUCUAAAUUUGAGGUUUCAAGUGGUCCAUUUUUGAAGUAUGGUGUGGAGAUCAAAGACAGCCAUUGUGCUUGCAGAAAAUGGGACUUGACAGGUAUCCCAUGCUGUCAUGCAAUUGCUUGUAUGUGGUAUAAUCGCACCUACCCUGAAAACUUUGUGCACAACUACUACAAGAGGGAUACAUUUCUAGCAACAUAUUCCUACAUCAUUUUACCUAACAAUGGCCCAAAAUUGUGGACUAAAAGCAAUCUUCCACCAAUUCAACCACCAUAUGUAAGGAGGGCACCUGGGAGGCCAAAGAAACUAAGGAACAAGAAAAAUGAUGAACCAAGAAACCCUUACAAGAUUCCAAGAAAUCAAACAAAAGUGAAGUGCUCCAGAUGUGGACAAUGGGGGCAUAAUGUGAGGACAUGUGGAGGUAAAACUGGUGCUGAUAGGGACAUAGAAAAGGGGGGCAACAAGAAAAAUCCAAAGAAGGUCCACCCUGGCCAGGCUUCUGGAAGUGGAACAAUUCCUGUAACAAGAAGUUCAUCUGCUGCUGCAAGGGCUGGAAAAGGGCCUCAGAAACCUCAGUACAAACCUGCUGCAAAAAGAAAGAGGAAGGCUCCUGAUGCAAUUACAACCCAAACUGCUCCACAGCCAGCUUCCCAACCAGCUUCCCAACCAGCUUCCCAACCAUCUUCUCUGCCAGCUUCACAGCCAGCUUCACAGCCCUCAUCAGGUCAUGGGAGCACAAUAACAGCUACACUACCUCCAUCUGGUGCAACCACAAGAAGAAGAAAGAGACCAAGAGUUGUAGUUGGAACUCAAGAGAGCACUAGUUGAUUAUGAGCCUUGAUUAUGCUGUUUUUAGUCUUAGUGUUUUCUGGUUAUGUAAUGAACUUAGUUAAGCCUUUGGUUAAUGUAUGACUUUAUCUAUUGUAAUUUGCAAGGGAUGUUAUCCAUGUUUGGUUUUGUAUGACAUUAUCCAUUGAAUUUGGAAUCUAUGAUUAUA